GAUAGCCAGCCUUCCUGUGUUAAACUGUGUUGAGCUUUUCUGCCUUCUCCUUUCCAAAAAACUAUGGACUAGACCUUCAAAUAAAACUGGCUCACUUUGGAAAGUUUCAUGCCACAUUUUAAGGCCAGCUGACUCCUCUGAAAUAUAGGAGAGUUUGACUCGUGAUCAAAUCUAAGUACAGUGCUAUGAAAAGAUGAGUGAUGAAAGCAGCAGCACCUCUUCCUCUCAGUUGGUGGAAGACUUUGAGGGAGAGCUGGAUGAAGAAGUGGACAGUGAAGAAGGGAAGAACCAGAAGGACAGGGGCAGUCCAACCCCCAGUCUGUCAAGCUUCGCCUCUCUGCGUGCUGUCAUACGCAUCAAACAGAAGUACCAGGCCAUAAAGAGGCGCCGCCAGGAGAUGGCCCUCGGGCUGGGAACACAAUGUGGCCUCACAGGGGCUCCCAGGUGCACCAGCCCCAAAAUCUUCACCUUCAACGGACUUACCCCCCCUCCCUUCCCUGCCAUUCCUUCUGUCCCUCAGAAGAAGAAGAAAAGAGGGAGAAAAAGAGAUGUGUUGUAUCCCCCUGAAAGACAACGCAAAAUGCCUAAGCAGGAGCGCAGCCGAGCAACUUCCUGCCUGUACCUGCUCUUCGUCAUAGUCUUUAUCCAGGUGUACAACGCCAUAGAGAACCUGGAUGACCACGUUCUCAGAUAUGAUCUAGAAGGAUUGGAGAAGACUCUGAGGCGCGAGAUGUUUGGGCAGCAGGGGGCAGUAGAGGGUCUGCUGUCCCACUUGAAUGACUACUUAUUUACAUAUGUUCACAACAAGCCUUUGGUGGUGUCCAUCCAUGGCCCCAGUGGUGUAGGGAAGAGCCACCUGGGGCGCCUUCUAGCUGGACACUUCCGCUCGGUGGUGGGUGACACCUUGGUGCUGCAGUACUACGUGCUUCACCACUGCCCCCAGGAGGCCGAUGCCAUGCAGUGCGCUCGUAACCUCUCCACUCUAAUCUCGGAGAUGGUGGAGAAGGCCGAGGAAGAGGAGAAGAUCCCGCUCUUCAUCUUUGAUGAGGCCGAGCACAUGCACAUGGAGAUCUUCGACGUGCUGUUGCAGCUCGUCGCCUCCAAACAGUCCAACGAAUACCUGAACGCCAUUUACCUGAUCCUGAGCAACCUAGGCCAUGCACACAUCACCAAACACAUGCUACAGAACUCCUCGAGUAUUCCCAUGGCAAUGACAGCCUCAGGUCGCCACAGCAACUUCGUCAAAGAACUGACUCCCAUUUUACGCAAGACGCUGGAGAAGCAUCAUUCACUGUGGUCUGAGGCUGACAUCUUACCUCUUGGUCUUUUGGAGAAAGGUCAUGUGAUGGAGUGCUUUUUGGAAGAGGUUACCCGUGAGGGCUUCUACCCAGAUCACAGCAACAUCGAGCGCCUCGCAGGGGAGAUUGAAUACUACCCUGCAGUUGGAGGCCGCGAAUAUUCCCAAACAGGCUGCAAGCAAGUGGUGGCAAAGGUCAAUCUGCUGUAAAACGCUCUUCAUGAAACCUUUGAAUCCUUUUUACAUUCCUUUUAUCCAUGAAGAAUAAAGGUGUGAGAAAAGAGCAUGAGAGCGAUGAAUUAUGAAACUUGACAAGACAAAACUCAAAGCCAAAGUUGGCAGGAGAACCAGAGUUGGAUAUUUACCAGACUCAUGAGAGCUUAGGCGCUGGACUCUGCUAUGGGAAAUAAAUCCUGUGAAAAUGUUUGAAAAUAUUCCAUACACUCCUUUAAGGGUCGGUCCACCCAAAUUACAUAACAAUAGUUUAUUACUCACCACUGUUAGCAUCCCUUUCCAUUGAUCACAUUAUAUGAAAUAGUUUCCCUGGAUAUGGCAAAUACCAAAAUACCAUUAUGACAGCAGCUGGUAUGAAAUUCUCAAGAGAUGAAUACAGCUAUGUUGGGUUUAUGGUGUUAUUGUAUUUACAUAAAAAUGCAUAGCAUGACCUAACUGCUUUUACUUAAAACAGAAAAGCAACAAUUUAUCCUGUUGUAGCUUAAAUAAUAUUGAUAACAUCUUGAUUAUUGCAGCUAUAAUGUUGUAUAUAUCAUGUAUGUAUUGUUUUGAUACACAGACUUAUAUAGACUGCAGUCAUAAAUAACCCAUAAAUUUAGUAGUAGUUUUUUAUAAACAUUCCUUUUGUGAAGAAUUUUACACCUUUUUGCUCUUCUGCUCUUUACAGAGUCUAGAGGGCAGAUUUUAGCUGGCUAAUUAGUUGGGCUAUUUGCUCAGGUAGCCAGCCUGCAGUCAGACGUGCUACUCAAAGCUUUCUAACUGUUGUGUGGACACAGGGUCACCUGGUUGGUGGCACUCCUAAUUUUCCCAGUCCCAACUGUAGCAGCCUUAUUUCAAUUAGCUGAAUGGCAGAACACAGCAAUAGGUGGGUGAGGGGCACUGCUCUGACAUCUCCUAAAAUGUUACAACAAAACAUUUUAAUGGCUGUGUAGCUGUUACUUUUUAAAACCUUUGUUUACCACAAUACUAGUAACCAGCCAAUUGCCAUCUACCAACAAAUGGUCACAUGCUAACAUUUUACCAUACUAUGAAUCAAUAGUAUUAUGAAUUUAGAAAAUUAUUAUUUACAAUUUAAAUAUAAUAGAAGGCUGAAUUAAUUUUAACCUGUCUAAUUUAUCCAUACAAUAAUUUGUUUUCAAUUGUUUUCUUUUUACUCUUGCCCUCAUGUGACUUUAGUGGUCUUUCUACUUUAAAAAAGAGACCCUGAUAUUUCUUUUGGUUGCACCAUGAAGGUAACCAGCACAACUGUUUUCUUAUAUGCUAUUCACCAAUGAGAAGUCUACAAGGGUGUGUAUUUGGGUCAUGAUUGGUUAGAAUUUCCUCAAAACAACAAUCUAAGCUUACAAGAACCCCUUUUCUCAGGAAACCACAUUUGCAAUUUGCAAGGUGGGUGAGCUGUUGAUAGAAAUAUUUACUAUGUUGUUGUAUUUGGCCCUAAAUCCCUUUUAAUCUGUAUCAGAGUCAAUCUGAAUAAUUUUGAAAGAAUUCUUCAGAAAUAUUAUUGUUUGGAUGUGGUGGUAUAGGAGGUAUUUAAAAUAUGUCUGUAAAAUUUGGAAAUUGAUUUUUGGCCAAUUUUUAAACAUUUAAGUUUGAAAUUAUAGAGCCACACCUAUAAAACUGAGUAACUCUACUGAUUUGGAUUAAUUCGCCAUGACAUGACAUUUAAAAAGGGACAGUUAUCCUAUACCAAAAAUAAUGUACUUGGGUCUUUACUGUAUCUUGCUUUGGUUUCAGUUCACCCAGCCAGGAUGUGUAUCUGGGCUCCAUAUAGACUUUGCUCUGGAUGGAUGGGUCCUAGGUUGGCCUAGGCUCACAAUGGACUUAUGUGGUACCCACUUCGGUUGACUGGAUAAAAAUGCACUAAACACAUACGGCCUUCAGUACAGGUCUUAGGAUGGUCUUAAGAGGAUAUUAGGACACAUUUAGGACCCAUGUGGGUCCCAUUGUCAUCUGACCCCACAUCAAAGCUAUGCAGUGGUUCUUAAAAGUGUCCACAACCCUGGUAAAAUGCCACGUUUUUGUGAUGUAAAAAAAAUUCAGAACUCUUUCCACAUGUACUGUGACAUUUAUUCUGCACAAUUCAACUCAAGAAAAAAAACCAGCGGUAAAAUGAAAAAAGACAAACAAAAAAAAAAACAAGAAAAUCAAAAAUAUAAAAAAAAUUAGAAGAAAUGUGCGAUGACCCGGUUUUGUUAUUUAUAUUUACACUUGUGUAUCUUUAUGCGAAGAUGAAUUGGGUGGACUAAUUCUUCAAAAAAAGUAGGCAGCUCAAACAGAAAUGACUCCAUGAAAACUGAAGAACAUGCGUUACUUGAUUUUGUAUUGCCACAAAAGGAAUACAGAACCUUUCUUUCAGAACCUACAUUCAACUACUAAAUUACCAGACUGAGCAAUUUCUCACGCGCUGAUGAUUGAAACCCAAAGGCCUGUUUUCUCUGACAGAUCUGUUACCAUCAUGCAAAUCAUGCAUGAGAAGCAGACGCUGACACUGUUUCUGCAAACAGCAACCAGACUUGUGCUUGCAUUCUGUAAAUUGCUCCUUUUAUACAGAACAUGCUCAAUGACCAAAGUUUAUUUAUUACACAAUCGGAUAUGUUAUGAUUUACUGCAGGUUUACAGCCAAGGGAAUGAACUUGGAGUCGGCACAGACCCACACCAGCCGUUUUAAUGAUUUUGUGGAUUUGGGAGGGUGGAUUAUUUUUGUUGUUCAGUCAUCUACGUGUUUAUGUCCUGUGUCAUGAAAAGUAAAAGUAAAUAAAAAUGCUUAUAAACAUG